AUGUUGCGGCCGUCGAAGAAAUAUUUGCGGUUUUUGCGAGAACCAUCACGGAGUACGAGGAGGAACUUUGUCGGACGAAAGAGGAGAACGAGCGACAACGUCAACUGCUGGACGCUGUUUUCAAAAAGCCUCGACACGUACCAGACGUCUGCGAGGAAGAGCUUCGUCCUGAGCGGCAGGAGUACGAGCUCCGGCCUGGAGCGGGCGGGGCCGCAGCCCGCUUACAUUAAAGUGGAAGAGGAGGGGGGCCACCUUCAAGGGCCGGACUUCUCAGUGUAUCGCGUCAUUGUAAAAAGUGAAGACGACGAGGACAAAGGUCAGCGAGAGGAGAGCGGAGGGGCGGAGCCGCCGAGCGGCAGCUCGAGUCGUCGCGCGACGACAGAAGGCGGCGGAGGCCGCUGCGGACGAUCGAAAGCGAACAGCCGCUUGGCUCCGCUUUCAGAUAGCGGCGACACGAUGUCCGACACCGACGACGAGCGCUCAAAAGGGGACGCGGCGGGUCACGCCGACGACAAACACGUCAAAUGCACGCAGUGUGACAAAACAUUCGGAAACAAGAGGAAUCUGAAACGACACAUGAGAUGUCACACAGGAGAGAAACCUUUCCUGUGCUCAGAUUGCGGGAAAAGAUUCUCCCGCAAGGAUUAUUUAAUCACGCACACCAGAAAACACACGGGAGAAAAACCUUUUUCCUGCUCGGUCUGCAACUCGAGUUUUACGUUUCAGUCCGCGUUGUUUCAACACAUGGAAACUCACUUCGGGGAGAAACCGCAAUGUCCCCAAUGCGACAAAACCUUCGGCAACAAGAGAAAUCUGAUAAGGCACAUGAGGCGCCACACGGGGGAAAAGCCGUGCAUAUGCUCCUUCUGCGGUGAAAGAUUCUCCCUGAAGAGAAGUUUGAUCAGACACAUCCGAACACACAUUGGAGAAAAAACCUUCUCCUGCUCCAUCUGCAACACGAGUUUCUGCUAUCAGUCGGGUUUGAGUAAGCACAUGAAAAAACACGCCGGCGACAAUGUGGAACUCAAGUGUGUGUGAUUUGCAGCCGUCAUUUAGAACGACGCGCAAACGGCGAGCCGUGUGACCACUUAUUUCAAGUCCUUCGUAGCCGCGCACUAGUACGCUCUUUUCCUCACGCCAGUAGAACGACUAAGUCCUGUUUUGUCCCGCUAGCGGGUGACUUUUCUGCACACGAGUUGGAGACGUUCUGGCAAACCCGUCGCACAACUACGUCUCGCUAAUAACCGCGCACUGGUUGACAUCUGUGUGCGACUCUCCAGGUUAACUGCUAGAAUUGGAUCACGUCACUAGUACGACAACGUUGUCAACUAGUGCGCAGUUUGGCCUCAACAGUAACAUGUAGUUGCCCUACCCGUGUCAAUAAAUGUCAUACAGAAGUGGAAGAAUGGAGUGUUGCCAGUCAGGUGCAUUCUACUCGUGCGCCUGACUAGUGAGGACAAAGAGCGUACUAGUAGACGGAUGACAAGGAUAUCGAUAAAUGUUCAAUUGGCUUCCAUGUACGGGAGAGUGUGCGUACGUGUACGCGAACACCGAUGCAUGCGAGCAUAAGCCAGAGGAUGCGUAUUUCUAUCGGAUGUGGGGUCCUGCCGUGAUCCGUUGCGAUGUGCUAAACCAGUUGGAGUCCCGGCCGGAGCUUUCGUCCCUCGAUGCGUGCCUAAUGUGUGUGCUUUCAUGCGCUCGUCAGCAUAUCAGUGUUUUCAUCCGCUCAUUUACAGUUCAAUCCGAACGUCCGAUGUGGUGCAAACGUGUGCUCGGAAGCGACCCCUUUUGGGCAAUCGGCGGAUAACGCGACACGUUUCCGGGAAGACGAGUGAAAAAUGGAAAAAGCUGCAACAGAAGAAGGACGCUCGUUACCAGCCGGUACCACCAUGCGCUGUGGGGGGCAAUCAUAACAAAGUACAAUAGACUUUAUGACUGUAUUUAGGCAGACUUUUCAGGUCUCUGGACUUGAGGAUUUCUUUUUCUUCUUGAUUGCUCAACAUCUUGCUGUCUCCUAAAACAGAAUGAACUACGUCACAGGCGACACGAGGAACGGCAUUAACGCCGAUGGCAACAGAUGCGGAGAAGCAAACUAUUCCCAUCCGUGGCCUUACCGAAGUCAAUGUUGUUGUUGUUGUUGUUGUUGUUGUUUGGGUCCCAUAAGAAUCAUUUGCGGUAAAUGUGUUGCGUCUUGUGUCAGUUUCAAAAGUACCACAUUCUGAUUUGACAAAAUGUUCUGUCUAAUCUGAAAAAAACAACAACACACAAGUAAGGUCUAUUUAUAAGGCUACGUAAGAGCACAAUGUAAGUUAAUAAAAGAUGGAAAUGUUCUCAUCGCUAUUUUGUGUGCAGAAGUUGUUGUUUUUUUCUUCAAUUGGGCUAAGUUGUCAAAAUGGUUAUUGUAUAGAAUUAACGGUACCAAAAAAAAGUUUUAAUUGUGUGCUUGAUUAUUUUGGAGGGCUUGUGCUUGUAAAUGUAGAACACAUUUUAUAACUAUUAUAUAUGGAUAUGAAGAGAAUAAUAAUAUUUUUCUUCACCUCCAAAAAGAAAAGUGAACAUCUCAUCAGCUUAAUGCCAAUUAAACGUGACCAUGUGUACCA